GAAACGGAGAUGGCAGAAGAUAGCGGCUCGCGGUACUCUGUCGAUAAAUCCUUGUAUCAAACAAGUGAAUAUCAUUGCGGUGGUGAGUGUUGCGGGAGCAACGAGUGCUCCAUAUCAUCGACAGACUUCGUAUCAUCGAGCAAUCGAGCGAAUGUUAGAUCGAACACUCCGGUCGGUCAGAGAAAUGCUUUAAAAUCAUCUCGAAGCAUGGUGGCUCCGACGUCGCAGAGGAAGAUCGGAGAGAGCAACGAACAUUUGUACACGAUCGAUUACAGUCACGUAGGUGAUCGUCCUACGAAGUAUGUUAAUUCGAGCAACAGUCGUAGAAUAGAUUUUCGAGCGGAAGAUAUAAAUCACGAAACACGCACACAACAGAAACACGAGGGAAAUGAAUGCCUGUAUGAAGAUAUGUUGAAAACUCGCAGAAAAGGAUUUAGAAACGAAUCGGUAACAAAUUUCCGUGGCAAUGACGUGUAUUUCACUGAUCGAGGAGGGGAAGCUGACGAUGAAAAUUCUCAACACGGAGAACGAGCGUGUAGGAAGCACGAUCUCGAUGAGAAACCUCAAAGAGAGAAUCCGUUGUUCGAGAAAAGUUCGGACGACUCGAUGUUUGAUUGCUACGAUGACAUUUACGAAGAACCUAUCCUAAAAAAUCGAUUUAAACCAGCGCUGCUCCGAGCGGUGAAUUGGAUCUUCGGCGGUUGUCCAGGAGCGGCGAGAAGAGCGGCUCUGAAGUGCGGCGAGGUCGGAAAGGAAGAGAGCCAAGGGUUAACUGACGAGUGGCUCCUCUAG